UGAUCCGCAAAAAGGUUACAAAAAAAUGGAUCGUCGCCAGCUGUGACGUGCCAGGUAUACGGCGUAGAAAAACAUUGUAAAAACACUUUUUUCGUUAUAAUUAUUGGUCUUUCUUGAGUUGCUGAGAAACUAAAAGCAGAGUAUCUACGUGGUAUGUGAUUGACAACAUAGAAGUAUGAGUGUUGGACCGCUGGUGGUAGAGAUAAUUUGUAUCUUCAUUUUAUCAGCUUACUUAUUACAUAAAUAUGGUAACUGGAGAAAACAGCACCCACUGGUCACCAUCAUUACUUUUAUUUCCUGGUACUUUUCACUGAUCAUAAUAUUUCUUAUUCCACUGGAUGUCUCAGCGACUUUUUACCAACAGUGCAAAGCUGAUCAUGAUCAUACAAAAAACAGUCCCUCAGUACCAACAGGUGAUGAUGAAACUACAACAUCUGGAAUAUUUAGCACAGUUAUGAGCAAUGGUUCCGAUGAAGUUAGCCUAGUUACUGGUAAUGUCUCGCAUAGACGCACUGUGAGAGAUGCUCAAAGCUGUCAGAAACCUUGGAGCUACGUCCCGGAAAUUCUGCCCAUAAUUUGGAAGAUUGUUUAUUGGACAACAUUUCUACUAACAUGGGUGGUUAUACCCUUGCUAAAAUCGUAUGCUAAUGCUGGGGAUUUCACUGUUCGCGGAAAGUUAAAGUCCGCUUUCAUUGAGAAUCUCAUCUGGUACGGCAGCUACCUUGUCAUAUUCGGUGCUCUUGUCAUUUACGUAAUAGUCUCACCAAAGUUGGACAUAGAUGCAGUCCAGUUACAAGUUAUUGGCAUUACAGCAAGCAACACCUGGGGCCUACUGCUACUGGUUCUUCUCCUAGGUUAUGGCCUGGUUGAGGUACCUAGAAAAUAUUGGGCGGAAGCCAGUAAAACCUACCUUCUAAAUCAUACUUACUUUCAAGUUGCGAAACUUAGCACAGAGAAAUCUGAAGCUGAGGAAGAACUUGAAGACAUUCUUGAGGAUAUAAGAAGAGCAUCAGAUGUAAUCCGUUAUAACCAUCCUCUACGGAAGCAUGUAAACACAAUCAUUGAGAAAUGCCCUGAUGCCUUUCAAGAGUCCCUCAACAAGCAUCUGGAUGAUUUCCAGGACUUUGACAGAAGAGGUCUCCAGAUGCCAUCAGAGAAAGAUCUUGUGAAGCUACACCAGAAGGUGAUCGCUGCUUUGUUGAGCCAGCAUCGAACAGAGGCUCAGUGGAACAUGCUGGUAGAGAAGGCUUGCAGUCUGGAGGAUAUCCAACAGAAUGAGAUCUGUGCAUCAAGGGAAUACCAUCAUUCCUUGCGACCGCAGUACACAGGCUGUGCCACUUACAUUUGCACACCAAAGGUCGAGUGGUAUUGGAAGAUAGUCGUUGAACCAGUUUGUCUGAAGGUAUUAGCUGUUCUCUUGGUCAUUUUUUCCUUCAUGGUUAUCUGGUCAGAAGUAACCUUCUUUAGCACCGACCCAGUGCUGUCUUUAUUCGCAGUUUUUAUUGACAUCGCAAAACGGAAUUAUCAUUACAUAUACAUUGAGUUUGCUUGUUGUGUUAUCAUCACAUACCUGUGUGUCUGUUCGUACUACACUGUCUUCAAGAUCCGUGUUUUUAAUUUUUACUAUCUAGCACCACAUCACCAAACAGAUGAGAAUAGCCUUCUCUUUUGUGGAAUGAUGUUGUGUCGUUUGACUCCUCCUCUGUGUCUUAACUUCCUCGGCUUGAUUCACCUGGAUGGUCAUGUGACUGGACAACAGAACAUGAUCGAAACUUCCUAUACCUCGAUUAUGGGGCGCCAUCUCGAUGUGCUACCUCUUCUUGAGAAUGGCUUCUACAUCUACUAUCCAAUCACAAUACUGCUACUGUGCAUUGCUACAUUUUUCAACUUAGGAGGGAGGUGUUUAUCUUGUCUUGGUUUUCAACAGUUUGUUGGUGAAGAUGACAUGACAUCUGACUAUGUUUCUGAGGGACGAGAAUUGAUAAAAAGAGAGAGACGUAAGCAAAGAAGAUCAAUAGAUGGUGAGAUAAGGCGGAAAAAUUUUCAGGAAAAAUAUCAACAAAAAGCAGAUAACUACUCACGCAGACAUAAGCCAAUGGGAAGAUUGAGAGACAGUGAUAGUGAUACAAGCAAGGGAAGCAUUGGCUCAUUCUCAACUAAAGCAAAAUAUUCAAGAAUGCCGAAAACUGAUGAUCACGUUGAGCUUCUGCGUCAGGAUGAACCAAUUGAUUUUAACGAAGACACUGUUGCAGAUUUCACAGACGAACUGAGCGGUUACUCAUCUGGAAGCGGAGUGAAUGGUUCUGAACGUACAAAUGGGCCGAGUCGUUACAGCAAAAGCAGCAAACCACGAGGUAUAUUUGAUGAUAUAUGAAAAAAACAGUAAGAGUUUUAAUUUAAAGUAUUGUAUUUGAUUUUUCUGUUUAUAUUUUUUUCCUGGUUGCAGAUUCAAGCAACUGUUAGUUGAUAAUAAUUGUAUAUUAAGUAUUUUCUGAACCAGUAGCUCAGAGACAAAUUCUCAUUUUUCAAACAACUGAGUGUCUAUUGUUGUUUUUUAAUUCAAGGUAUUCCAAUGAAAAUUAACAGUAUUUUAUGCAUAAUGUUUCUAAAGUUUGAAGUACUUUUUAGCUUUCAUAACUGGACGUACAUUCAGAUAUUUAUUUUUUUUAUUUGUAUAAGUAAUAACUCAUUAAACAUUUUUUUUUAAAUUAAUAGAUUCUCGACUUACAAAAAUCCCUCCUGUAGAAUUUUAAAACCUCAUAUUAGUGUUAUAUAGCUACAAAUUUCAACUUGGAUCUUUGUACAAUGUGUACAUAUAUAUCACUUAAAACUAUGAUGUUUAUAAGAUUUACAUUUUUAAAGAUAUUGUAUAGAGGAACUGGACUUGAAAUUUAUGUAUUGAGCUAAAAAAAAUUUAAAAUUGAAAUUGCUUUAUAUAUUAUGUAAGUAAUUUAUUACCUUCAAAUAAAAAUGAAAACUAGAAAGCAGUUUCUUCACAACUAACAGAUACAUAAACUUUAUAGUUCUUCUAUUAUUUGCAUAGACUCUUGGCUUGUAAUUUUUGUAGUGAAAGCUAUGUAAAUAUGUGAGAACUGUAUUAACGUCCUUAUUGUCUUAUUGAAAUAAUUAUGAUACAGAAUGCAAUAGCAAAUAUAAUAAUUUCUACUUACCUACAAUUUAAGAAAUUCCCACAGAUUUUAGUGGUAAAGGCUACCUCUCCUGGUAUUAGUCAUUAAGCCCAUGGUGCUAGCUAGGUUAAUUAACAAUCCUAAUAAACUGAUUGUUUUCUUUUUACUAGGUUACUCUCUACCCAUUUUAAAGCAAGUAAAGAGAGUCUAUUCAAUUAAAUAUGUUGACCCUUUAACUAGUAAGAAUCUCUUAACUUGUUUAAUUCCUUAACUUGGUGGAAUCUCUUGCCUUACUUAUCACCUUUACGUGGUUAGAUUCAAGGUUAAAAUCUUAAGAUUUUGUUAACUUCUUAUAAGUUGGUUAGAAUUGUUUAACUUGCUUAACUCAUUAAUAUGGUUAGUCUAUAAACCCGUUUAAAACUCCUUAGCUUGGUUAAAAUCUCUUACCUUGCCUAAUUCCAACUUGGUUAGAAUCUCUUGAGAUCUUUAAUUUGGUUUAUAGAUGCCUUUACGAGUAUUAUGAUUCCAUUUCACUUUGAUAAAUAAUCUGUUGAGCAUUAAUUUGAGGUGCACAUUCUCUUUGUUGUACAUUAGACCUGGUGACUGGUGACCUGGUGGAAUUAGUGUAUGUAGUACUUAACCCAUACAACUUGAUAGAUAUAUACAGUGACAUUACGCACUGGCCACACUGUCAAAUCUUAUGUGACAAAUACAUGUGAUUUGUCCACUUAAUGUCACAUGACAUCACCAUGCAUUCAUUCACAUGACAUCACCAUUCAUUCAGUGUUUUACUGAAGACAAUUUGUUUGUCAUACCAAAGGGCGGAUGAGCUCCUCGGAGUCAAUGGUCAACCAUGCUUAGGUUAAUAAGUAGGAUUAGCAUGUCUUUUUACGGUUAGAUUAAAGUAUUAUUUUCUUGGUCUGUCUUAGUUUUCUUGUUUGGUCUAUGUUAAGUGUAUAAAAGUCUCCACAAUAUGCACUCUAUAGGUCAACCAUUAUUAUUAUUAUUAUUAUUAAUAUUAUUAUUAUUAUUACAGUAUUAUUAUUAUUGCUAUUAUUAUUAUUAUUAUUAUUGUUAUUUUAUUAUGGCAUUAUUAUUAAUGCAUGUAACAUUUAGAGCAGCUAUGUACAGCGAUGAUACCAAUGAAGUGCGAAUUUACUAUAAGAGUUAAACUAGUCAUUGUAUUUAUUGUAAGAGUAUCCAUAUUUAUGUGUUCAUUAUAAAUUAAUCAUGUUGAAAGUAAUUAAAGCCAACAUCAGAUUGAUUAGUUUACAUUAUAAAGGCAUGCUGUUGUUUCAAGAGCAUUCCAAUUACUAAAAAUAUUACAUACACAGUUAGUUAUAUUUAUCAAAAAUACCAUAUUGAUAGAGGGUGACCAUUAGCUUAUGCUACUAAAGAGUUGACUGAUACAUAGGAGCCCUUUCAAAUAGAUUAUAUAAUAAUGUUAUGCUUUAUAAACUAAGUCUCAUUAAGAGGCUUAGGAAUGGAGAUGUUUUUUAUUCAUGAAAUGGAACUAAAGCGAAGAUACAGAUUGUAUUUGAUUGAUAGGGUUAGCAGCCGCUCCUCACCCAUGGUUCAGUUGGUAGAACCAAGUCUUCUCGGAUAAGGACUUAAAGUGGAGGUCCAGUGUAUACAUCUGGCUCGUGUGCACUAUAAAGGACCCAUUGCAUCUUUCGGAAGAGUAGGGGGUUACCCCGA